UACUCGCAGUUAUUGAUAAGAAGUUAUCCCAAUAAUAACAAACUGUUGAGCACAGAUAUUUAUAUGACUAGUCUUUUGUAUCACAAGUAUAAUUGGGGAAAUCAAACUGAUUCAGAUGAAAUAACUUUGAUAUAUGUCUAUACUUUGAUAUAUGUGUCUAUAGUGAAUUGAGUAGAUGAAACGAAUAUGGAAAAGGAAAAUCCGGUUUUUGUGUUAGAUGGUCCAAGAAAAUCCGACUCUAAAAGAGGAAUGAUAUCAUCUGGAAUGAUAUGGGGGUUUCUUUUCGAUACUUUAGGAAGAAAGAAACUGAUGGUUUAUGGGUAUUUCUUCAACGCAUUCUUUGUUUUUGGGAGUGCUUUUUCCCAAAGUAAAUUACAGUUGAUGAUUUGUAAGUUCCUUGGAGGAGUGAUAAUAAACGGACCGUUUGCAGCGAUGGCAACAUACUUAGCCGAAUUUCAUAGUUCAAAAUAUCGAUCGAUGAUCCAGAUGAUAAACGGAGGCCUGAAUAGUGUUGCACAACUAGUUUUACCUCUCAUGGCAUGGGGCAUUCUACCAUUAUCUUGGAAAUGGUCCCUUUUCAAUGGGUUCCUAGAAUUGCACUCAUGGAAUCUGCUCCUUUUCAUAUGCGGGCUCUCUCCUUUUGUGAGCGGUAUAAUUUACCUGUUCCUUCCAGAAAGCCCAAAAUUUCUGAUGUCAAUGGGAGACAAUGAUAAAGCUUUGAAAAUUCUGCAAAUGGUUUAUAGUAUUAAUACAGGAAAACCACGAGAAACAUUUCCUAUAAAAAAGUUGGUGGAUGAAACCAAAAUCAAUUCUAACUCAUAUGGCGGACACGUAUCAGCAAACAGAUCAAAAAUGCAAGCUCUUGCAGAAGGAUAUCAGCAACUGAAGCCUCUAUUUCGUUUUCCUUACGUUACAAAAUUCCUUUUGGUCGGGUUCAUUCAAAUGCUGAUUAUACAAAGCUUGAAUAUGUUACGUUUGUGGAUACCACAAAUGUUCCAGGCUAUUGAAGAUUACCAAAUGUUCAACAAUGGUUCGAGUGAUAGCUUAUGUUCUAUGAUGGAAGUGUUAAAGCCUAAAAACACAACGGAUCAAAUCUGUCUAACGAACGUGAACAAUGCCUCUGUCUAUAUCAAUUCCUCCAUAGUUGCUCUUGUCUCUGUGAGUGGAUAUUUUGUUGCUGUUUAUAUCAUCAGAAUUCUCGGAAAGAAGAAAGUGUUGAUCAUGAACACCAUAUUGGCAGCUAUUGUGUGUUGCUGCCUUUACUUCUCACAAGGAACGAUACCUACCAUAGCAUUAUCUUCAGCUUUCGUCGGCCUGGGAAACAUGAGCGGAAAUGUGAUGCUGAGUAUCAUAGUUGAUUUGUUUCCCACGACUUUAAGAACCUUCACGGUGGCCAUAGUGAUGUGUUGGGCCAGAGCUGGUGCCAUGGGAGGGAAUCUUCUUGUUCCGACCCUUCUCAAUUGGGGAUGCGCUCCUCUUUUCCUGGUUGUAGGUGGUUUCAUAGCAGGUGCUGGAUUUCUUGGUUUCCUGCUACCAAAUACAGAGAACAAACCACUCAUUUAAAUACUCAUGUAAUAAUGGUAUAUUUAUUCACUAAAAUGACAUUCAAUAAACAAUUCAAAAAAAUCG